UCACUUUUGGUCCCAGCAACCAAACGGCACAGACAACAAAAUAACACACACUCGCAGAAAACACAAAAAUAUACAAGAAAACAGCAAAAAAUUGCAUAUCCUCGGCUAUUUUUUUUUGUAACGUUUCAAUAUAACGAACAAGUGUCGAAAUCGUUUUGAAAAAUUUAUAAAUAUAACAAGAAGCAUACUAUACCCAAGUCCAAGUGCAUUUGCAUUGAAGUGAGAAUACGUAGUGUAAGCCAAAGGAAUUCCAUAAAUAAACUCAACAAAAACAAACAGGAAUAUUUCAAGUAAAAAUCAAAAAACAUCAUCUACAAACAAUCGCAACAGCAGCAGCAGCGACAGCAGUUGGAGUUCAUACACAACAACGAAAAAAAAACACAAAUAGAGAGCGAAGCGAGACUGAAGUCAAUUCCGGUGUUCGCUGUUUUUCUCAAAUUACAAAACUGCAACAACAACAAGGUACGCCACCCACCAACACUACAAACAAUAUGACCGAUGUAUCGCAUGAAUUAGGAGCCCUGCGCUUCGUGGUGGAUUCGCCGCUAUCGUCGAAGGUGGCCAUGUUCAACAAUCAGGCGACACAGCACAAGCAGUCGCAGUUAUUGAAUCCCUUUUCGCACGAUGGACGCGCCACAUCGCCGAAGCCAACGUUCUCCAAGGAUCAGUAUGGCAAACCCUUGGCCGGCAGUCUGACUGAGAUGCGUGGCCAGAAGGCCAACAUGCAUGUGAUGAAGGAAAUGCUCGAGUUGUGCCAGAUCAUUGACUCCGAGGGCUAUCAAGUGAAGGAUGAGCCCAGCAUGCGCGUCAUUCCCUUUGGCGAAUUAUUCAACAUUUACAACUACAUCUCCGACAAGGUGGUCGGUAUUUUGUUGCGCGCUCGCAAGCACAAGCUGCUGGAAUUCGAAGGUGAAAUGCUGUAUCAGCGACGUGAUGACGAUGUGCCCAUCUUUCUGCUGCGACCCAUUAAGCAGAUACGUCAGGAGCUCAACGAGAAGAUCGAGGACAUCAAGCGUGGCGCAAGUCCAGCGCCACAGUCCACCUCGGUGCUCCUUGAUAAGUCGGCGCAUGAGCAGAAGCUGAAAGUGGCCGCCAACGAACGUCAGUCGAAGUCACGCACGCCAUCGCCGGCGGUUAAAGCGAAAGCCAAGUCAAAGUCACCAUCGCCAAGUGCAGCAGCGAAACCAACAGAACAAGAGGCAGCCACAAGUCCAGCAGCUGUAGCUCCAACAGUUGUCGAGGAGCCAAAGGCAGCUACAACAGUUGAGGAGCCAAAGGCAGCUACAACAGUUGAGCAGCCAGCUGCAGCCGUGAUCAUUGAGCAGCCUACUUCUUUGCCAGCAGUUGAGAUCACACCAGUUCCAGCAGAGAGCACAGAGCAAGUGGAGCCAGCCAGCGCAGUCGAAAGUGCUUCAGAAGUGCCGGCUCCAACACAAGCUGUGGAAGCCACCGCCGAGGUGCCAGCUCCAGUUGCUCCAGCUGAAGUUGAAGCUGCUCCAGUUGUUGUUGAAGCUACCACUGAAGACACUGCAAGCCAAGCAGCAGCAGCUCCUGUUGAUGCUCCUAUUGUAGUCGAUGAUUUGCCCACAAUAAUCGUUGAAGCCUCCGCCACAUUUGUGCGCACGGUCAGCGUGGAUAAGCUGGAGACGCCAAUAGAAACAGAAGCUGCUGAGAGUGCCUAAGAAAGUUGAAUUUGGAAAUGUUUGAGCACACACACAUAAGCACACACACACACUCGCAACCACUAAAGCGGCAGCUUUAAAUUGCAGUAAUAUACAUACAAUAUAGUUUAAAGCAUAGUCUAUAACUUUAAUGAUUAGUGUUAACAGCACUGAAGACAGAAAGAAGAGCAACUACUUAUAAUUGAAUUAAUACAUACGUCUAAAGUAAAUGUAAUACAUAUAUAGACACAGUAUUAUAUAAAACUCAUACUUAUUAAUGCAUGGUUAUUAUAUAAUAUGUUGUAGUAGUUUAAUACAAAAACACACACAAAUAUACAAAACAAAAUUGUAUAAAUAAAAUAC